ACUCAUCUUACUCAGGGUCUGAUCUAAACUAGAAAUCACUCUAUGAGGAUGAAUACCAUCUGGUUAGCCCUCAUCGUCUGUUGCUCCUUGUGCAUCUUUGAAUUCGCACAUUCAGAGCCGUGUUUUCAACCUGAGAUCCUCCGAUUAGGGGCCCUUGGGGCCAUGUGUCACACCAAUUCAGAGGUUCGACCGUUUCCUUGUCAGAAGGCUAUUGAUGGGAACCCAAACACCUUAUGGACUCCCAACAUUAACAGAAUGUUGUCUGGUGUACCGGUGUUCUUCGAAUUGCAUUUGAAUCAACAUGUGCUUGUCAGUGGCUUGAAGGCAUUGCAGUUCCAAUGGGCUCAUGGUUCGGCCAAAACAUUAAGACUGGUGUUCAACAAUGAUGAAACACACGUGCUGCAAAUCCCCGAGGACUUUGGUCGCUACGACAACUGGAUCAAUUUGGCAUUGCCACACCAAGUGAAAGCAUCGAUUAUUCGGAUUGAUAUCUUGGAUGUCCAUGGUAUGAGCUUCGGCGGGUUUGCGGAGCUCAAAUUCUACGGGUGCAAUGUUCAGCCCAAUCUUUGGGACGCUUGGAAACCUCAUCGAGAGGGAUAUUCCGCCCAAUAUAGAUCCAAUCAAAACUCGAAAGAGGCCAUGGAUUCUGGUUUGGGAGAGCCUUCGGUCAGCUUUGCUCUCGUACUAGGCGGAUUUUGUGGCCUCGUUCUGGUUUUGGUGCUAUUUUGCCUAUGUGUAUUUUUCGUGUUGCGGGAAAAAUCAAGCAAGCAAUUGAAGGAAUCGGAUUACUACUCAAAAGCUAAUUCUGUCACACAAAGUGCCCCACUUUCUGUUUAUGGGAAAACUAAUGAGGAGAACCUUUACGAGGUCAUACAAGACAUCGCCAAAUCGGUCAUAGUGGAAAAUGAACCCAAGUACGGCAAAUAUGGAAAGAGAGAGAGUUCCCAGAGAAAAUUGGAGGACGUUCUAUCCAUUAUAUCGGAGGCCACGGAACCUCGAAGUCCACGAUAGAAUCCUUUAUUCGAUUGCAUUGUUUUCUAACAUGACAUCAACUUAUUUCAUGUAGAUCGAAACCCCUAUUAUCCAAUACACUGCCACGAAUAAGAUGAAA